AUGGCAGCGCCGUACGACCCGACGCUGGACGUCACGCCGACGCGCGGUCGGCUCAACUCGGUCCAUGCGCUCUUGGAAGAGACGAACCUCGCGAUGGGCGACGCGCUUGUGGACGACGCCUUCUGGACUAAGCUGCAGGCCCACAUCCUCGACGAGUCGGACGCGGGCUUGCGCGCGACGCUGGUCGGCCGGCAAGCGCUCGCGGCGUGCUCGCCGCUCUGUGCAUCGACGGCACAAGUCGGGUUUGUGUGCAGCAUAGGCGACUCGUUCGAGGGCCCGAAUCGCCUCGUCGUGCUGAGCGCUGUCUUUCGCGCCCAGCGGCUCUUCCUCGCGGUCAAGCCCGGGCUCCUCGCCACGCACUUUGAAGUCGACGGGUUCCUGACCAACUUACGCCAGAGCAAGAACCUCUUUGACGACCGCCAAUGGCGCGAAGAGCUCAUGGUGCUCAUCGUCAAGUACCUCAUCGAACAUGGUCGCCUCGUCGACGCGGUCGCGAUCUGCGCCGAAUUUCUCGACGAAGACGGCGCCGGCAUCCAAGCGAUCGCCAUCGACGGCCUCCUCGAUCUGGCGUCCCGGAAGCAGCAGCUCCCCAUCUCGCUCGUCCAGACGGCGUGGAACCUCAUGCUGCACGCGCCAACGAAGGACGGCCGCGUCGACGGCGUCCGCUUGUUUCGAACCGUCACGCUCCAGCACGGCCGAACGCAGAUGGAGCGACUCCUGCACGGUCUCUCGCUCGCAGCGGCCGACCGCGCGGAGAGUGUCCGAGUGGAAGCAGCGCUGAGCUUCCGCUUUGUGUCGACCGAGUACGUGCCACAGCUCUUGGCCAAGGCGCAGCUCGACGAGCACAACAUGGAGGGGCAGCGCUGGCAGCUCGUCUGCAACGGCGUGCUCUUGUCGCUGUUGGAAGACGUCUCGCAAGAGGUGCGUUGUGAGGCGUCGCGGAGCGUCGUGCACGUGUGCAAGGCCAGCACGUCGUCGUCGUUGCCGCAGGAGGCGCUCGAACAUGCGAUUUCGGCCCACGCCGACGCCAGCCACGAAGACAGCGCGCUCAACACGCAGCUCCAAUUCCUCCUUGCUCUCGACGCGCUUCUCAGCGUCUAUGCGGCGCGAUUUGGCCGCUUCACGGUCUCGACCGAGCAGCUUUCGUUUCUGCUGCGUCACGCGCUCCGGGCGCCGCACGCCCAAGGGGCCACCGUGCUGCUCUCGGUUGUCACCAAGCUCGCGCUCGAGACGCCGUACCAUGCGUCGAGCGUCGUCGCUUUCAUCUCGUCGGUCGUGACCCCGCUCUAUGCAUCGGCGCCGCGCUAUCUGCAAGCGCAGCUCGUGGUCCAUGCCCGUACGAUCGGCGCACUGAUCUCGGCGCUCUGGGUGCAACGCGGUGACGUCUCUGCGUCUCCACUCCUAACAGCGCUGGCGACGCCGAGCCAGCGCAGCGCGCCAUCGCUGCUCGUCCACACGGCGUCUGUGCCGCUGCCACCGCGUCACCCGUUGCAGUGCUUGCACCAAGUGCCGACGUCAAUCGCCCAUGCGACCGAGCUCCUCCAGCAGGCGGCGGCGAUCGAGAUGACGCCAAGUGACUUUGUCUCGUCGCGCUACAAGAACAUUGUACUCAGCCUCCUCGACGGCGUCCUCGAGCUCCGCCACGGCGGGGCGCACUGGCAACGCGUGCUCGAGACAAGUGUCACGUACCUCGCGGUCGCGGCGCCAAGCCAUCUCGAGCGAGCGUCGGCCCUUGACUUGCUGGCGCUGGUCCGCUGCUACGUUGCGACGAGCCUCGAGGAUGCCCGCGCCAUGAUGGUCGAGUGGCCGCGACUGCGAGAGCUGCAUGCGACGUCGCUCGACGAGCUCCGGUCGGCGACGCUGGAGCAGCUGCAUGCGUGGUGGCCCGUAAAUUGGUUCGAGGCGGCGCCUCGUUGGACGCGGCAUGUGCAUGCGACCGUCGAGUGGGCGACACCGCACGAGCCGCUGGCGACGGUCGCGGGGUGGCCCUGCGAUGUGCCACUGGCGAUCACUGCGUACAACGUCGAGGACCCGCACAGUCUCGUGCUCAAGAUUUGUCUGCCGCAUCAAGAGCCGCUGCAGUUGGAGCUCACGCCGCGCGACGUUAGCUGGGCGCAUGCGAGUCUCUGGCGCGCGGCGAUCAGCGCGUGCUGCGUCCCGAUGGCCGUCACGGGGCUCGUGCACCUCGAGGUCGAACUCUGCAUGCGCACACCCCGCGUCGCCCACAUCGAGUCGUUCCUGCAGCCCAUCAGCCCCGUGCUUCGCCUACCUCUCGCUGUCUCGCGGCCGGCGCAACGCCCGCCGAUGCAGGCUCCGUACCCGCCAGCGUACGGCCCGCCCUAG